CGUCAACUGUUGCAUCUGCGUCUGCAGGCUCAGACUUGCACAUUGAUACCACUGGCCUUCAUAACACAGGUACAUCCGUCUUCCACACAGGUUCAGGAGGUUCAACUGACCUCCAGACAGGUUCGUCUGGCAGCCUAGGAGGUUCCACUGGGGGCUAUCUUUCAGAUUCCACAAGCAUUCAAUCUGGGUCCUCUAUACUUACCUCCCCUAGCUUAGUCCACCCAUCUGUUACAAUCAACCAACAGCCAUCGUCUGUCAUACAGCAAACCGUAAGCCAGAAGUCCAACGCCCAGCAACUAACCAUAGCACAACAUCCAGC